AGCUCGCUCGUAAACCAUUGCAUUGCCAGAAGAAGCAAGCAAACUAGCUAGCUAGCUAGAAAAAUGGCGCCGAUUCACAGUAACAGCUCUCGCCGCCUCGACGGCACGGUGCUUGCGCUUCUGCUCGUGCUCGUGGCCGCCACUGCCUUUGUCGGCGCUGCCGCAGCGCGAGGGGACGCGCUGGCCGCCCGGCACGAGCGGUGGAUGGCCAAGUACGGGCGCGCGUACACGGACGCUGCCGAGAAAUUGCACCGGCAGGAGGUGUUCGCGGCCAACGCGCGCCACGUAGACGCUGUCAACCGGGCGGGCAACCGGACGUACACCCUCGGGCUCAACCAGUUCUCCGACCUCACCAACGAAGAGUUCGUGGAGAAGCACCUCGGGUACCGUCACCAGCCGGGCGGGCUCCGUCCCGAGGACACGCCGGUGGCCGCGGUGAACAUGUCCAAGGCUCAGUUCCAGUCCACGCCGGACAGCUUGGACUGGAGGGCCCAGGGCGCCGUCACCCAAGUCAAGAACCAAGCCCCAUGUGGUAAGGAUCUGCAGGCCAAAGUUGGCAAAUGA